UAGAUGAUAGAUACAGCAGACAGCAUAUCUGCUGGAAACAUUCAGACCGCCUCGUUUAUGCUACUUUAGGGGAAAAAUGACUUUCCAGAUGCAGAAUUUAGCACGGAUUUUACAGUUUUCAGUUCCUUUUUCUAGGUCGUUUCACCAGUGUCAACCCCUGAACCAAAUCCAAUUACUCACGAGACUUCGUGUGGUAGAUAAUAGCACUAUUGGCAAGGAAGCUAUGCUUGAAGGCAGGCCUCCAAAAUGCAUUCACGUCUAUAACAAAACUGGCAUUGGGACUAUUGGAGAUAAGGUUUUGGUGGCUAUCAAGGGCCAAAAGAAAAAGGCUGUUAUUGUUGGUGUGAAGCAGAAGCAAGCACCAUUGGUUCCAAAAUUUGACAGCAACAACAUAGUUUUGAUUGAAGAUAAUGGUACACCGAUUGGAACAAGAAUUCAUGUGCCAGUGCCAUCCAUCCUCAGAAAGAUCCUUAAAGAAAGGAGUGUAGCUAAACAAAUUGAUUUCACAAAACUCCUGUCAAUAGCCACAAAAUUUGUGUGAAAUUGUACCUCAUUUCAUAGUAUUGUCAAAAUAAAUAAUCUACAGAUAGAAA